UUCCCCCGCGCUGCGCUAUAAAAGGGAGCGGUGGAGCGCAGCUCGGCAGUGGUUGCUCCAGACACACAAAGACAGAGCUCUCGCUCCUCAGGAAACCCUGCGAGUUCGGAUCGCUACUGCAAGAACGUUUGUCUCAGUGGAUUAGCCUCACUGUCAGGAGUUCAGCCAGAAUGAAACUGGUUCACGUAGCCCUGCUCUAUCUCGGCUCUGCGACCUUCUUCGGGGUGGAUGCUGCAAGGGUGGACGUAGCGACAGAGUUCAAAAGAAAAUGGACGAAAUGGGCACUGAGCCGAGCCAAGCGGGACGUGAAGCCCUCGGGCGCGCUCCGAGCGCUGGGAGCAGCCGCGGCCGUGCAGCCGCUCGUGCGGCCCCAGGACGUGAAGGAGGAUCCCCGCGUCUCGCAUCCCAGCAGCCGGGAGGAUGCUCACAUCCGCGUCAAGCGCUACCGCCAGAGCAUUAACAGCUUCCCCCACUUCCAAGCCAUCCGCACGGGGUGCCGCUUCGGGACGUGCACGGUGCAGAAGCUGGCCCACCAGAUCUACCAGCUGACCGACAAGGAUAAGGACGGCGCCGCCCCCGUCAGCAAGAUCAGCCCCCAGGGCUACGGCCGCAGGCGGCGCUCCCUGCGCUCCCCCCGGACUCUGCGGGCGCUGCCCCGCGCCCCCGCGCCGGGGCUGUGAGCGCCUCGGCUGCACUCAGGCACGGACACUCCGGGGGCCCGCGGAGCACUCGCGGAGAGCCCCCGCUCGGGCGGGACCCCGGCGCGCCCUCCCGGGGCCGGGGGCGGCGAGGAGCGGCGGGACGCGCCGCCGAGGGAGCUGCGAGGCCCCGCCGCUGCCGCCUGGGACUGGACGGCGGCCGCGCUCGCCGCCGGGGCCAAGACCGGGACUGGGACUGGGCCUUCGCCGCCGGGAGGCUGCGCCCCAACGGCUCCGGCAGCCCCGAGGAGGGGAGCUGGGGGAGCCCGGCGGCCGGCCCCCGCCUGCUCUACCCUCUGCGCUAUCUGCACCCGGCAGGGAAUCGGACACUCACUAGUCCCUGCGGGGACUGCGAUAUACUUGAACGUCACAGAGAGGAAAAGUGCAAUUGUACGUGGUUUUUGUUAAUUAUGUGCGGUGCGGUGUGUGUGGAUCAUGAGAUACGUAUCGGUAUUUAAGAUUGUCCUGUGUCAUGUCCUGUUUGUAUCUUUUUUGGAAAAUAUAUUUUAUUUUUAUACGUUUUAUAUAUAUAUAUAUUGCAUAUGGGCAUUUUAAAACAUUGUAUCCCCUCUAUUUUUCAUAUCGUGAAUGUCAGACGUUGUUAAACUCUUUUUCCAUACCUUUUUUAUCUCGCAUUCCAGACUGGUGAAAGAUGUAGAGAAUGUAUCAGCUGUUCUCCAUGGGUAAUAUGUGAAAUAAAGUAAACACUAUUACGUAAA